UUCUCCUCUCCAGUCUCUUUCACUUGCUGCUCUGACAGUGUAAGAGGAACCGGAGAGGAGCAGAUUCCUCAGGAUACUCCAAACUUCCAGAGCACCUUUGGGAUGAAGGCAUUCAUUUCAAAUUUGGCUUGGAUUUUAGAAUGAAGUUUCCUUCUGUUUGUAGGAUGUUCUGAGUUUUGUGGCUGAAAAGGCUUUCAGAGGUGCUGCUUCAUGACUCGUAUGUGAGUCUCUUUCUCCUCUUGCAGCUGCAUUCUGAAGAGCUGAGGCAUUGUGUCUGCAAGCAUUUCAGUCUGUUUUCCCAGGAACAACUCAGGUUUUCCCAAUUCAAGACUGGAUACUCUCUGGCUUUGCCUUGUCCCACAAGGAAUGGACCUCCCUGUUCUUCAGUUCAUCACCAGACUGGCUUUGCUCAUCCAGGUGCAGGAAGGUGGAUAAGGCACAGCUUGGAAGGACAGAGACCUGCAAGCUCUUCUUUGUGCUUGUAUUUUAUGGAAUUCUUCCACCUACCUGACUGUGUUCUUAUCUGCUUGGUCAGAAACACCUUAGGAGUUGACUUUGAGAAUGAACGGUGAUGUUCUCUAGCCCCCCAUAACAUCAUACUGCAGCUGCCUCCUAUAUCAAGUCCUACUUCAAUGUGCUGCAGCUCAUCAGGACCUUGGAUCUUCUGCAAAUAGAGACUGGCAGCAGUCAACAGUCAGAUAUGACUGUCCAGAAACUGGUAGCCACAGCUGUGUUGGUAGCCCUGGUCUCACUUAUUCUUAACAAUGCAGCUGCCUUUACUCCCAAUUGGGUAUACCAGACCCUGGAGGAUGGGCGUAAGCGCAGUGUGGGGCUGUGGAAGAUGUGCUGGCUGGCAGAGAAGGGAAGAGGAGGAGGUGCAGGCACGGGCACCAGACAUGGGCAAGGGGAGGAGCGAGAGUGUGAAUCCCUGGGCUGGGGUUCAGAGUCAGCUGGGUUCCAGGAAUCUCGUAGCACUGUCAAACUGCAGUUUGACAUGAUGCGGGCCUGUAACCUAAUCGCUACCGUCGCCUUGACUGCUGGUCAGCUCAUUUUCGUCUUGGGCCUAGUGGAACUGCCUGUUAUUUCACAGGAUGUCCAGUGGUGGGAGGAAGCCAUAGCUGCUGUGUUCCAACUUGCCAGUUUUGUUCUGGUCAUUGGAUUGGUAACUUUCUACCGUAUAGGGCCCUACACCAACCUGUCCUGGUCUUGCUACCUGAACAUUGGGGCCUGCCUCCUGGCCACACUGGCAGCCGCCAUCCUCAUAUGGAACAUCCUUCACAGGCGGGAGGACUGCAUGGCGCCUCGGGUCAUUGUCAUUAGCCGCACCCUGACUGCUCACUUCCGCCGGGGGCUGGAGAAUGACUAUGUCGAGUCACCAUGCUGAGAGCAUGUGCUUGAAAAAGGAGAGUCCUCUGAGAAGACUUGCAUUGGAAUUGUUUUCUAUAAGUAUACACUGUAAUUUAAAACUAAGUGUUGAAGGACAUCACAAAGCUCACUUCUUUUGAAAAGAGGCCCUCAAUUAUUAUUUGAAUGGGCUCCAUCUAUCUAUAUAUGUAUAAUACACAUAAUUAUAUAUAUAUUAUACAGCACCCCUCUUCCUCUACUGUACAGUGGAAAUAUAUUAGAUUGUCAGCACAAGCAUCCUGAUAGAACUUUACAGCCAUCUGCCAGGAGCUUUCAACUGUGGCAGGGGCAGAGUGAGUGUGGUCAGGGUACUGAAAGUGGGAAAAGGACAACCUACUACUUUAAAUUCUUCCCUUAUUUUGAAUGAAGUUAUUCUGCUCCCUAAUAAUGCCACAAGCUCAAGGGCUCAGCUGUGUUCACAAUCCUCCUUUGGACCCAAUAGAUAGACAGUCUGACAGAGCAGGAAACUUGUCAUGGGUGUCAAAAUUUACAACAGCAUAGUUUGGGCUCAGGUAAUGUUUCUUUUAAGGUGGUGAGCCUGACCUACCCAAUUUUUAGGAACAUCUAAUUUGGCUGUAACAUUUAUUCCACACUGAAGCAUGGAACACAAUCUAUAACCCCAGAAGCAAGUAAUAUAAUUCUAGCCAUUUGUAAAUGAUAUGAGUGCAAAAAAAUUAGUGUGUGUGUUUUCAGACACUAUUUUGUCCUUAAAACUCCUUUGGGAGUUUUUAAGUUAAUUUUGCAGGCAGCUAGAGGUGCCAUUAACAUUGAAAGAGAGGUACACAGCUAAAACUCCCUACCCACUGUGCUGAAAGUGCACUCCAUUGUUUACACUGUGGGUUAAUAUCCAUGGGAAGAGGUUUUACCGUGACCUCCCCAUACCCCCAAAUAUACGAUUAACUUAUUUUGUCAGAAAUGGCUACUAUGAAUGAAUAUACUAAAUUCUUUUCCCACAAAGUAUGCAGACUUGGCAUGCAAUUUUCAAACUUGGGUGCCUAAUUCAGCAUGCUCAUUCUGCACUUACUGACACAUUGGCACCUAAAGCAGAUACUUGGGAGCAGAACUGCCUAUCAGAGCACCUAAAUUUGAGAAGUGGGCAUUUAAGAAUUGAUCCUUGCAGGUCAGACCCCUCAGUGCCAAAUAAAUUGGUGGGACCUGAAGGUAUUCAGCACCUUGCAAGAUCAGACCUCUAGUGCAUAAGUGUGAUGCUAUACAGCAUGACGGCUCAUGUCAACAAUGUGCAUGUAAUAUCAGGCAGCCAACCAGCAAGCCAAAAACUACACUGCAGAAGUCCCUAAAUACAAGAGUUAGAAAAGGACAAGCAGCAAUGAGAGAUGCUACCUUGAUCAUACUCACUGAUAAGACUGAAUGACUAUGAGCUGCAAACAUUAUAAAAUCUCUCUCUGAGGCUGUUGUGCUGCUCGCAGCUGAAUUCUCUGCUUUUCAUCUUUGUUACUGUCUCCUUUAUAUUUUGCUUCACUUCGUUGAAAAGUGAUCAAGUGGCUCUUGAGUUCUAUUCUGCACCCAAAUUCUCAUGUAAUAAAGAAUGCAGCCCCAGUUGCCACUCUGCACGAUGCCCAAAGUCAGUAGCUCUCUACAGAGCUUGAUGCUCUAGAAGCAAGGACUUCUAGAAUUCAGCACCCUAUAAUACAUUGCUCUAGAAAGCAGAGUUCUAUAAAGCGGAUAAGUUUUUUCUUACACCAGUUUAUAAAAACCAAGAGAAGUUUGUUUCCAUUUUCCUGACUUAUUUUACAGAAAAGCAAGGUAUUUUCUAAAAAUAAUUGUGGUAUAAUUACAGUUUUUAAAAAUAAAGUAUUGGAAUAUUUAAGACAUAUUAUUUCAGUUAAUAUUGCAAUAUCGAUAUUAUAAUAUGUACAUUAAAAUUUAAGUCACCUAUGUGGUCAGUAGCAUUGUAAUACUUAGUAUUACUGUGUUUAUUUUAAAUGUAUAAAUAAAGUGGUGAAUGUUCAAUUCCCUUUAGAUGAUGUACUUUGUAUUUGAAUGGCAAAUAAUAAGAUCUAUCAUUAUCAAUCAUGUUUUGUCUGUUUAACAAAAGAGAAUCCACAUGGUCAGAAUGUUUUAUUUGCAAAUCUGUCCUUGAAAAGCGAUGGCUAUCCUUCUGCAACAUUUGAAAACUAAGUAUUUUCAUCAGUGGUGCACUGUGAUAACAAGUUACAAGGUGUGUGUUUAUUCCAGACAUCUGAAUCCAUCAGGUGCACUGAAAGGCCCAAGGCCAGAGGCCAAGUGUUUUCAACAGACCAAGAAGUGAAGAUGUUUAGUUAAGUCCUGACUUGUGCAGCUGUACAAUAUGCCUGAACAACUGCAUCUUUCAGCACACAUUAAUAUUUUCAUAAUAUUAUGUCCAUUUUGUCCAUUUUGUAAUGAAUCAUGAUUCCGGUUAGAUGUAUUCAAUACACCAUAAUAUCAUCUACCUGUAGUAGGAAGGAAGCCUGAGACAUAAGCCCUUUAUCCAAGACCUGGUGUGAGGCCUGAACAAAAGUAGAGGUCAGGCUUUGCUGAUAUAGAGCAUAGUAGCAAAGUUAGCAGAGGUCAGGCUCUGCCUGCUUGCAAGCUCACAGAACCUGGAAAGAACAGGCCUGGUAUUGCAAAAAACACAUACAUUCCUAAAAAAGGCUAGGCACAGGACACUCACACAAACCCAUUCCAGAAGGAUGGUACCAGAACAGCCUGACAGUCAAUAUGGUACAAAAUGUCCCCUGCCCCCAAAGAUAAAAAGAACACACUGAUCUCUCUUAAAGAUGAGGUCAGGAUGACAGUGUGAUGAAUAGAGAUGUUUUGAUCAAGCCAAGAUAUGCAAGGUAAUGGGUGGUAACAAGCCACAUGAGGGGGCAGUAACUAACU